AUGGACUAUUUUAUCAUGACGUCACGUUGUGGGCAUCACUUCGAACUAAGGCUCAUGUAUUGUUGACACUGGUCAUAUCAAUGAUCAGAAUGUGAAUGCCUUCAUCUUUCGUUUCUUUUGGAUUAUGUAACAUUUCACCCAUGUUCCUAUUUUGGAUUAAUGUUUGGUAAUUUUCGACAUGUUGAAGUGCAUUCCUUUAUUUCGAGCCUGUAACAGGCAGGUUGAAUCAGUGGACAGGCGACACUGGGGGCUUACAAGUGUUCCCGACGAUGUUUUGCGCUACGCUAGAAGUUUAGAAGAAUUAGCCCUCGAUGCUAACCAAAUUAAAGAAUUGCCAAGAGGAUUUUUUCGGCUUGUUCAAUUGCGGAAGUUAAGUCUCAGCGACAAUGAAAUUGGGCGUCUCCCCGAGGAAAUAUCAAAUUUUGUCAAUCUUAUGGAGUUGGAUAUUAGUAAAAAUGAAAUCUAUGAAAUUCCAGAUAAGAUAAAACUAUGUAAAAAUCUGCAAGUCUUGGAUUUCAGUAGCAAUCCACUUACCAAAGGUUUACCAGAUGGCCUACUCCAGUUACGUAACUUGACACAGCUAGGCUUGAAUGAUGUUGCUCUGCAGAGGCUACCUUAUGACAUUGCCAGCCUGACAAGUUUGGUUUCCUUAGAACUUAGGGACAAUAUGCUCAAGGUCAUCCCACAGUCCAUUUCUUUUCUCAUCAAACUGAAGAUAUUAGACUUGGGGAGCAAUGACUUGGAGAACUUGCCACCAUCUAUAGGUUCUUUACCUGCUUUGGAGGAAUUGUGGCUUGACUGCAAUUACUUGACAGAAUUACCUCCUGAGAUUGGCAAUUUGAAAAAGUUGUCUAUACUAGAUGUUUCUGAAAACCAACUUGAAUAUCUUCCAGAAGAAAUUGGAGGCCUGCAAAGUUUAACUGAUCUUUGUUUGUCUCAGAAUGGUCUGGAGUAUUUACCAGAGGGCAUUGGUAACCUGAGAAAAUUAGCAAUACUUAAAGUUGAUAUGAAUAGAUUAUUGGCACUAACUUCAUACAUCGGCAGCUGUGAAAAUAUGCAAGAAUUAAUUUUAACAGAGAAUCUGCUGUCGGAUUUACCCAAUUCUAUUGGGAAGCUAAAAAACCUGCACAACUUGAAUGUAGAUAGGAACAGAUUGACUGAAAUACCAGUUGAGAUUGGCAAAUGUAACAAGCUAGGAGUUCUCUCUAUGAGGGAUAACAAAUUAUUGAGAUUACCCCAGGAAUUGGGAAACUUAAAUAAGCUCCAGGUCCUGGAUGUUUCAGGAAACAGAUUGGAAUACUUGCCAUUCACCAUUGCCAACUUAAACCUUAAAGCCUUGUGGUUAUCUGAAAACCAAGCCCAACCAAUGCUCAAGUUUCAGACAGACUUUGACGAGAGAACUGGUCAGCGUGUUCUCACCUGUUUUCUGUUACCCCAGCAAGGUUUCCACACAGAAAGCAUGGAAAACCUUCUUAAAGGCAGCAUAGCAACUGAAGGUAGUUUCACAGACAAAGAUAAACCAAGAGACAGCGUAAUUAGGUUUGCAGAGGAUAAUGACAAGUUGGAUGAUGGGGAAGACACAGAUUCUGACUCAAGUCACUUUGUCAGGCAUGACACACCUCAUCCCAAAGAGCUAAAGGCCAGACAUUCUAAAUUUUUAAAAGACAAGAAUAUUGAUGGACAUGUCAUACCCCAUCAUGAGAACCGAGAGGAUGAUCGGGCCUUUCAGCCGUCACGUGAUCAUGACACUAGGUAUUCUGAUGAUGAUGAGGCUCCAGGGCCUUAUUAUAAAGAUUCAAACCCGCCUGCUCAAUUUAACUCUACAUACACUAAAAGUCCCAGCAAAGAAGUCAAACCUGUGCCUAGACCUCCUGAAAUCAUCAAAGCCCCAGAGCUUGAGGGUCCACCACCUCCCUCAGUGCCAUCAGAAUCUUCAUCCUCAGAAGAUGAGGACUUGCCACAAGAGACAGCCCCCUUAUUAACUAAAACAGUGACCCUCGCCCCACCGCCUACAGUGAGGAUAGCCCCCAAUGAGGUGGAGGAGAUAGACGAGGAAGAUUCCAGAGAAGACUCAGGUUCUGAGCGAGCCCGUCACAGCUCUGGGGAAAAUUCUGAGGAUGAAAAUAUACUGAGAGACAAGAAAGUUGAGUUUGCUCCAGAUAUUGAUGAAGAUGUAAACAAAGAUCACAGACUGAGGCGAAGAGACACUCCCCAUUAUUUGAAGAACAAACGUGUGAAUAAGGAAGAGGAUGCUGAACAGAAGGUCCUGGAGAUCCUUGCCCAAGUCUCAAAACAAAGAGAGACAGCUGCCCUAUCACCAGCUGUUCAACCACCAGAAUUAGACGUAAUAACAUCACCGCCCCCUGCCACACAGCAGAUGCCUGUUGAAGUGCAAGAGGAAGAAUUUGUUAUUCACAUCCUGCGGGAGCCUGGCCAGGGCCUGGGUAUCAGUAUUGCAGGUGGCAAAGGUUCAACACCAGUCAAAGGCAACGAUGAGAGUAUCUUUAUAUCCAGAGUAACAGAAGAUGGUCCAGCAGGUAAAGCUGGUAUCUUGAAAGGAGAUAAAUUAUUGAAGGUGAAUUCCAAUAGUUUAGUAGAUGCUGAUCACUAUACUGCAGUCAAUGUUUUGAAGAACAGCGGCAAUGACAUCACGAUGGUUGUGGCUAGAGAGAAGCUCGUAGCCAAUGCUCAUGCAGAGAGCUUGGAGCUAGGUGACACAACACAUGAUAACAUCACUACUGUUUCAUUUACUGCAGAACCUGAGGCAGAAGUUUAUGGAGAGACUGUCUCCACGACAUUGAUACGAGACCACACUGGUUUAGGUUUUAGUAUCGCUGGAGGGAGAGGAGCCGUGCCUUUUAAAGGCAAUGACUCGAUGUACAAUUUAUUAGAGGCAAUCUACAUAUCUAAAAUAACUCCUGGAGGCACAGCUGACAAAGAUGGUGUUUUGAGAGUGGGCGAUAGAAUAGUUUCUAUCAAUGAUGUAGAUAUGGCAGAUGCUCGUCAUGACCAGGCUGUGGCGCUCCUGACAGGUCUAGAUAGGACUAUCAAACUAGUUGUGUAUAGAGAAAAAAUAGUGCCUAAAGGAGAAGGUUCAGAACCUCCACCCCCAGGCAGUCAGCGAAUACCAAACAUUACUCAGCCAGUCAUCAACUGGCAGCAGAGCAGCACGCCUCCAGCACGGACGCCAAGCCCAGUUGGAGCCCAGCUCCCACCUAGACUGUCGCCAUCAUCAGCUGGUGCAGUGUCUUACCAAGCACCAACUGUGUCACUGACAAGUGUAUCUAGUCCUUUGUCACCAGCAGGUAGAGCAAGUGGUUCCAGUCCUUCGUUUGGUUCUCCUAAUCGGUAUUCUGGGAUAGAAGCAGGUCCAACUAUGAGCCCUCCAAGCCCGUUCUCUGCUGCUGUUCCAACAUCGUAUUCAUAUCUUAGCCAGCCAGCUGCACCAUCACCGACAGGGCAGACUUCACCAUCACCUAUAUCUCCUAAAUUUGGAGCAAAGACUAUCUCCACAGACUGGUCAGUGCCGCCAACCUCUGUCCAGCCUCCAAAGUUUGUGUACCCUGGCUUUAGUAAAGCGCCAUCGACCACAACGUCGGCAACGAUAUCCAUUGCCUCAGCGCCAUCCAUAUCAAUCCCUCCGCCAUCUCCUUCAGUUCAGACUCCGUCGGCCAGAAACUCAACAUCACUUCCACCAUCACAGACUCUGACUAUGCCAGUACCAGCACAGAUCUCCAGGUCAUCUUCAGCCAGCUUGAACAGGGCAAGCACAGGAGAUAUUGGAGUCAGCAAAGUGUUGAACAUGCCCACUAUGUCCAUUGAAACUCCAGAUGAUAGCCCUGAGUCGAACCAUGUGGAGUUGAGGUCUCACUCUCCUCAGCCUUAUCCAGUAGAAGAUAUCACAAUAGUCAAAGCUGGGGGUCCACUAGGACUCAGUAUUGUGGGUGGUGUGGAUCACUCCAGUCAACCUUUUGGUGGAGAUGAACCAGGUGUUUUUGUAUCCAAGAUAGUGAAAGAUGGUGCUGCUUCCAAAACAAGCUUGAGGAUAGGGGACAGAAUUUUAUCUGUAAAUAACAAAGACUUGAAGCAUGCCACUCAUGAAGAGGCUGUAAUGGCAUUGAUAUCUCCGACCUAUGAGAUCCACCUUAAAGUCAGACAUGAUCCACCUCCACCUGGCUUACAGGAGUUGACCAUUGUGAAAGAAGCUAGUGAGAAGCUUGGCUUGUCAAUCAAGGGUGGGGCCAAAAACCUGGCCACUCCUAAUCGCAGUGAUGAAGGAAUAUUUAUUUCUAGAAUCAAUGAAGAUGGUGCUGCUUCCAGAGAUGGACGUCUUCGAGCAGGACAAAGAAUUCUGGAGGUGAAUGGCACAUCAUUACUUGGUGCCACACAUCAGGAAGCUGUGCGUGCUUUGCGUAGUGUAGGGGACAAGAUGACCAUUUUGGUGUGUGACCAGCCCCCUGAAAAGAGUGAGACCAACUCGCCGGCCGAGCUGUCCUCCCCGAGCAGUCAGGGUGGCUUCCUCUCAUCCCUGCAUGGGUCAGUGUCCAGUAUUGACAGGGAUGAUGAGGAGGCUCGAAUAAUGCAGCAGGAACUGGAGAUGAUGAAAGAGACAGAACAAUGGGAGUUAGAACAAAAGGAAAGACUCAGUAAAUUGAAUGAUCCUGAUAGUCCAGUAGUUGUCCCUCUGACCUUGCCCCCAUCCCCCCCACCUCCGGCGCCACCAAUUCUUGUCUCCCCUGCCAUCAAUGUCCAAAGUACCCCACUGCCUAGUCCACCAGUCAUUGCCCCUUCCAUGCCAUCUCCUCCGCCCAUCUUAUCCAGCAGCGAGUCAGAGACGGCUGUGGUGGCCCCUGUCAGCGUACCCGUCAUCCACGCAGACCAAGUGAAGGAAGUAGUUGAGCUUGAGCGGGCCCAGAUUGAAGUGCCGCAGCAAGCAGUGUCAACAAGUUCUGCCAACCAAUCUGUGAUGAACAAUCAAGUGCCUCUAAAGCCACCUGUAGCUGAGAAACCUCUCAACAGCCUUGGGCAUGUGAAGAGACCUGAGCCCCAGCUAAGUGCAGCUCCAGUUCUGACAGCCCCCAGGUCAUUUAGCACCACCAGCACAGCGGCCGAAGCAACAAAGCCUCCCCCCGUGUUGUUGGGUCCCAAACCUUUUGCACUUUCUCCACGACCAGCUCCGUUCUCAAAGCCUUCCACUUUGAACAAUUCCCAGCCUCCUUCUGAGCCCACUGUUCCUAGGCCAGUAGUGCUACCAAAGCCUGUUCCCUUUGCCCCUCCUCCUAAGAUUGCCCCAAAGCCUGUGUUCAAACCAAGUGUUUCACCGGUUAAGCACGAAGCCCAGGAUGGUGGGGACGUUUCCUCACCCAUUUCGCCUCCUGAAACUUUUGAUGUGAGGAAAUCAGCCCGUGUGCCUUCAGGAUAUAUUCUCAAGGCUGCAACCAAUGCUGAAAUUGAGAAGAUGAGCUUCAGGGAGAAGCAAAAGUAUUUUGAGAAGGAAAUCAAAGAUGCUCCAGCUACAAGACCAGCUGCUAAACAUUUUAGCUACCUCUCUGAACAUGAGGUGGCCAUGUUGCGGCAGGAAGAAGCCAAGAAAGUCGGUGGCAUGUCACAGGCUGAAAUACUAUCUUAUGUUACAGGAGGAACAGGGGACAUCACUCCAGAUCAUGAUUUGGAUCAGGUUCUUUCAAGGGGUGUUACUCCAAAGGAAUCUUCAGAUGGUAUUAUUGCUAGGCAAAGAGAGGCAGAGAAAAGGGCAUCGUAUCGGAGGGCUAGAAUGAAAAGUCUUGAAGCGGAUGCAGUCCAGGCACAGGCUGUGAUAGCAAAGGCACAGGAGUUGUCUAAAGAUUCCAACAAAGCAAAUAGACUGCAGACUGUUGCUUUUGCAGAUGAGGACCAGCCCAAUCAUCCAAAUCAUAAUGGAGACUCAAGACUGGAAGGUGUUAGACAACAAUUGCAGGGUGUCAGGCUAGCUGAGAACAAACAUUAAUAUUAAUGCACUUUUAGGAAUUCUUUUAAACAAUAGGAUUGGAUGGAUUGUUUCAGCAGCUCUGGUGGCUGAGACUAAGGGUGUUGCUGCUAUCAACAAACAGCUGUAAUAGUGGACAGUUCUUGGUCAGUUUCAUCUUCACUGUUGUCAAUGUUGUCUUGAAAGAUAGCCCAGACCUGAUUUUUUAUUCAAACUCAAUUUUUAAGUGAUGCAUUUUUAAACAAUAUUUUUUAAAUAAUGAAUUACUAUGUACAUAUUUUCAAAGUACAUUUUCUGAUUAGCCAGUUUUAUAAAUGCUGAACACAUUUUUUUAUUAUCAUCAUUACAUUUUUUUUUUUAAAUUAUGCCCUUAAUUUUUAGGCAGUUUUGUUAGUGUCAAAUUGUUUUUAUGUUUUUUGUUGUUUUUUUUUUACUUUUUAUGCAAGAUAAUCUAUAAAGGUUCAACUUAUAGACUUGUCUAAACAAUAAUUAUAUUCAGUUAAUUUUAGUUGUACAAUGUAUUAUUCAGAUACCAACUCAAGUCAUUUUUGUUUAAUUUGGUGUCAGUGAGCACACCCAGGGUAGAUCACUCAGUGUCUGGUGUGGUUUAAAGAGCCUGUCUUGAGUUCUUGUCCUUAGUUGUUUCGUACAUUCACUCUCACUUUUAAUUUGCUACAAUAGCUGUAUAUAAAUAUACAUAAUGACCUAUUUAAGAUACCAGUAAGUGAACGUGUUGGCAGUGUUAGUCUGUUGUGUUCUUCUAUGUGUAAAGUAACCAGAUGUAUAGGAAAUGUCAGUAUGGUAUCAACACACAGUGGUGUUUUUUUUUUCUUCUCAUUGUUGGGUUGCUUUAAAUGAGACUUUUUAUUAUUGAACUAUGUGUAGGAAUGUGUUGUUGUUUUUAAGUCAGAGUUACACAUCUUUGUUAUUUUAAAACAAUGUUGUUGUUUUUUUAUUUAUAACUUUUUUUUUUUUUUUCAUUUUGUGUUAAUUAGAAGAAUGUCAUUGAUUUCAAUAUUUGACAAGAAUUAGGUUGUGAGAGAAGUAACUGCUUUGCUAGCACUCUACAUACAUUGAUGGCUCUAAUUGCUUUUUUACAUUUUUGGUUUAUUUUUUAGUAAACCUUUGACCUUUUGGGUGUUUAAAAGAUAAAAUAUAUGGUGCAUACUAAGACCUGGGAUGGCUGCCUGCUCAUGCACUCUAGACUGUCAUUUCGAUUGUCCCAGGUUUGAACGCUUCCCUGUGCCAUCCUACGGGAGGUUGGUCUAUGAUGUAAUAAACUUAAAGCAAUGGAAAAUAAAACUCUUGUUCAUAAAGUUAUUAAAAAAACAGCAAUGGAAGCAGCUUUUUAUUUGUUAAAUUGUACUUUAGAACUUGGCUUUAGUGCACUGCACUAAAGCAAAAGAGUUUCAAAGGAAUGUUGUUUUUCUGUUGUCAGCAGUAUAGGAACUGUUUUUUUAUCUACAUCUGUUCCAAUAAUCCUGGUUGUAACACAAAGCUUAACUAAGUAAGAUAGCUUUGUUUUUUUUUUUAAUCUGGCACCAACAUUAUAGUUUAAAAAUUGUAGUAGGAAUUUAUAGUUGUUAGCUUGUAACUUUGCCUUUUCUUUUUUUGAUCAUGAUUUGUACAGAAUUGUUUCUUACUGCUGUAGGUCACUAGAUUGAGUUCACAUUUAACAUAGUCUUGUUGAAGCACUGUCCCCAGUUUUCACAUGUUCAAUGCAUUGCUCAACUCUUAUCAAUGCUCUGAUGUGUCCAGGAGAAAUGUAAUUCCUUUGAUUGAAUUAUAUUUAUUUGACGCUUUUUUUUUUUGGUGCACUUAGAAAGAAAAAAAAAAGUAGUUGAUGUAAACUUUGUUUUAAGAACCUGUGUGGUGUGGAUUGUUGUUGAGCUAAGAAGUAAACAAACAUCUUAACAUUAUUAGUUUGUAGACAAAUAAUUAGUUGUUUGUUUUAUGUAUUGAAGGCAGUGUGUUGACAUUAGAGACUUGCUAAAUAACGAACAAAACAUACACGUUUUUAUUUGCUAAAUUUAUUGCAUUGGUGGUGUAGUAGAAGUAAUGUUUUAUGUUGCGAUUUAGCUUUUACUAUAAUAGAUUAGUAGUAUUGACAAUACUUCAAUUGAUUUUGUACUAAUUGAUUGACAAACGCUUAAUAAACUCAUAAAUAGUGGCCUGGUGAACAAACAGUAACAAGAGUAUAACAUACAUAUUUAUGCUUAGGUUGGAAAUGGUGGAUUGUUUUACAAUAACGAACUUCUUCCAUUAUCUUCCCAAUUUACUCGGCAGAUCUUUAGGGUCUACAGUUUUCUUGGUAAUUGUUAGUGUCCUCAGAAUAAAAAUAACAUUCAAAAUAAACACUUAUUAAAUGUGGCCCACAAAACAAAUCAGUAACAUAAUCAAAUAUGGAGAGAUUUAAAUAGUAACAUCGAGCAACUUGUUAGUAUGCUUUUUGUACCAAAUUUUUUUUUUUUCGAUUGUGUAAUUUAAUCAGACACUACAGAUAUAUGUUUUUUUUUAUUCUUUUAAAUGGAAGACAUACAAAUUGGUUGUGUUCAAAUGUUUUGCUUCAAAUGUAUGACCCCCUCCCCUACCCCCUUUUUUGGAACCAGUAUAUCUAUAUAUUUGUGCAGAGAUGAUAUAUCACUGUUUCUUGUGUUUUUAAAAUAUAGACACCUUCCACCCGCCCCACUUCCCAGUGAUAAUGUGCCCUUCUGUAAGUGUUCAUGUGACCUUGUUAUUGAGAAUACUAACAUGUAUUACAUUGUGUGAUGUAGUCCAAACUAUGAGAUCUUUGUCUAAUCUGUACAAAUAUAUAUAGAUAUAUAUAGAUUGUUUUUAUUGAUCCAAGUUUUGAAGCAUUAAUUACUAUUGAUUAAGAGAUGAGUCAUGUUAUUUUUAUAAGAAACUUAUCAAUACACAAUACAAUGUACUGAAGAAAACCAAAUGAUCCACACCCUAUGUCACCUUGUAGAAAAUUCAACAGUAGAUCAUGCUAAGUCCUAAUUGACUUGGAGUAGAAAUGUGCCCUUUCCUAAUUGAAGUCAUCAUGUCAUGCCUGUUCAAGUUUUGUAAAUAGCUAAGUUGUAAAACCUGCCUAAGUUCACACUAGGACAUAAAACCUGUCAUGCCAUCUCUGUGUUCUUCAUGAAAAAUGGUGUGUUUUGUUAACAAAUUGAUGUUAAAGUCAGCCAGUUGAAGGGGGUGAAAAUAGAACUAGAUACAAUACUUUUGGUUCCCUGCCCAUCCUUUUGUCUUUUAGUGUGUGGUUUCUCUAACUUGGAUUAGAAUCUGUGAGUGAAAGUGUUCUUCCCAAAGGCUACACACUGUAUCAGUAACAUUCUCUUAUAAAAUUACUUUUUUUUUUCUUGUACAUAGACAAAAAUGUUCAUUUUUUUUAUUUGUAAAUUGGUUGAACAAGAUAUUAAAAAAAAAAAUAAAACCAUGAUUUUGCCA